UUUAUAUCAAUUUUUGUGAGAACAAAUUCCACUUCAUAUCAGACCGCCAGGAAAGGAGCAAAUGGACUCAUUUAUGUUCAUUUAUGCUUGAAAGGUGCUCAGAGUCCACCCUACCCAAAUUCCAAACCUGGCAGAGACUGCUCGUAUAUUCAAAUUUAACCAUAGAGCAUGGAGUAUUUGAUUCGAUUCGCACAAGUCCACGAGUCGUUUCGGAAGCCCGAGAUUGAAGCUCUCGCGGCGCUUGUUGGGACUAAUGUCGAAUUCUUAGCAUACGCAGAGAAUACACCUUUUGCCGUCGUUAAACUUCAAGAUGAAGCCGCUGCAAGAGCAGUCAUAUGUCGCAGUAUCCUUGCAAAGGGCAUAUAUGAGAUCUGGGGCCAUGGCAAAACAUAUGAAGAGCUCCAUAUGGACAUCCGUAACCGGACUGAAGCGCGAUGGAACAACUUCAAAAGCAAAUCAUUCAAGUUCUCCGUAGACUCAUAUGCUGGAAAACGCUCCGCAAAUGAGAAAACUCAAAUAAUCCAUUCAUUCGCCUACAUGGGUUUCCAAGGCCCAAUCCGUAUGACCGACCCGGACGAGGAGUUUUGCAUAUUCGAGGAAUACCCCUGUCGCCCAAUCAAACCAGGGGAAGCUCGCCCUGGCCCGAAUUUCGUCCAUUUCGGUAGAUGGAUUGCAUGUGGGAGCAGAGAUGUUAUAGAUAAAUACGACUUGAAGAAACGAAACUAUAUCAGCACCACGUCAAUGGAUGCCGAGUUGACGCUGGUCACGGCAAACAUGGCACUAGCAGCGCCAGGAAAGGUGUUCUUUGACCCCUUUGUGGGGACUGGGAGCUUCUGUGUUGCUAUGGCGCAUUUUGGAACCCAUUCAUUGGGUUCUGAUAUUGACGGGCGCAGCUUCAGUGGUAAGGAUAGGAAGAAGGGCAAAUCGAUAGGUCUCGUCUCGAACCUUGAACAAUACGGCAUACAACAAUAUCACUUGGAUGCAUUUGUUUCUGACCUGACCAACUCGCCAAUCAGGUCGACGCCAUUUCUGGACGGCAUCAUCUGCGACCCUCCGUAUGGCGUUCGAGAAGGUUUGAAAGUUCUAGGGAGCAGGUAUGGUAAAAAGAAAGAGCCUUUUUUCUUAGAUGGUGUCCCGAGUCAUAGUCUGGACGGGUACAUCGCGCCCAAGAAGCCCUACAGCUUCGACGCAAUGCUAGACGAUAUCCUCGAUUUUGCUGCCCGCACCCUUGUCCAAGACGGGAGACUUUCUCUUUGGAUGCCCACUGCCAAUGAAGAUGAUGUUGAGCUUAAAAUCCCCAGUCAUCCCCGGCUAGAACUUGUGAGUGUCUGCGUACAACCUUUUGGCCACUGGUCCCGCCGUUUACUUACGUACCGCCUCCUACCUGAUGGGGAAUUUUCAUCGUCUGAACCACGACGCCAAAGAGAGGAGAUAAAUGGUGUGAACGCUGAUGAUCUGAAUUCUUUUCGAAGAAAGUACUUUACCAAAUCCAAGCCGUCUCCCACGGACAGCCCUGAUAACAAAACACCACAAUGAAGAAGAUGAUGUGGGCAUGCGAUCUAAGCUCUUAUUUCAUGGUUUCGAUGAACCAUCUCUUGUCUAUUGCUUAUCCCUGAGUAGCGAAAAAUCAGUCCACGUAAAUUCUAUAAGCGCAUGUCUUAUCAGUCCGAAUACAAGCGGAAAGGGGGAAUAUUGCGCAAAAAUAUAAGGGCACGAGAAAACAUCCAACAAUCCCUCCCAAAAAGACUUCAGCAACCAUGGAACCCACUACUCAAAAUACCACACCUCGACAACGAAAAGCAACGCCUUCCUCACCCAUCGAAUCCAAACACCACCUACGAUCACAAUUUCUCCAGCCCUCUCCCUUUCCCUUUAGAUUGCUCGAAUUCUCCAUCGAGAUCUAAAUCGAUACCUUCAGCUUCCUUAACCCUGGCAACCUCUCUCGCCAACUCAGCCCGCAAUUGAGCUACCGUUUCCUGCGCCUCGUCAUCGUCAAGCUCGUCUCGUUGGCCGCGCCCAAACAUCAACCAGCCUCCCUUUGUGGGAGUAUUCGUAUCCAGAGGUGGCCGUGGGAUGAUAUGGAAAUGAACAUGAGGCACCGUUUGUGAUGCUCUCGGACCUGUUUUUGGAGUUCAACUCCUCCAGGGGCGAGGAGUGGGAUGUGUGAGAAAAGUAACCGUCAUGGCAAUUAAUUUGCAAGGCAUGCAAAAAAUAUAUAGAGAAGAGCUUAUGAAUAUUGAAAUACAUGGAAGGAAUUGCAAAGUACAUAAUGCCUUAUGAUGUAAUUUUAAAAGGAAACAGGAGGCAGCAGAGGCUAACAUACCAUUAUUCUGCACAACAUUCCACUGCGCCGGAUCUUCGCCGCGCGAAUCUAAGUCCGUGCCCAGCACCGUCCUGGUCACCACUCGAGAAAGUAUCGGGAGCCAUUUACCAAGCUAUAUGUUAAAUUCAUUCCAAUCAGUAUAUAGAAAUCAACACCAACCAUAGUUCUCGUGCUAGUAAUCAAAUUUAAACCCCCCAACCCAAUUCUCCCAAUUCUCCCAAUUCUCCUGUAAUCAGGGACCAAUAUUUCUGAACUUUAAAAUAAAAUGCUAAUACACAACAAUCACCAGCACAUGACCUCUCGUCAGGGGCAUAAUGUCAAGAAACGCCAGCACAUGCUUCGUCGAGAGAAAGAGGUGUGCUUGGGGCGAUGGGGAGCCAGCAUCGUCUCUCUUAGUCGCAGGUGGAUUGAUCGGUACAUCCCGACGGGAGGGUGGAGAAGGGGGAUGAGCGGCUGCUAUAGCGCAGAAGGGGCAUGUUGGUGAGCUGGGAGGCUUGGGUUUGGGGGAUUUUUUAACACGCUUCUUGAGGGAUGGGGGUGGCCAGAUGGUUGCUGGAG